AUGACGGUGGUCUCCACGGAGAACAUGGACGAGACGUCCACCCUGCCGGGCCACCCGCAGGACGCCUACCCGCUCGACGACGACCACGACGACCACGACUGCUGCGAGCGGGUGGUCAUCAACAUCUCGGGGCUGCGCUUCGAAACCCAGCUCAAGACCCUGGCCCAGUUCCCCGAAACCCUCCUGGGGAACCCCAAGAAGAGGAUGCGCUACUUCGACCCGCUCCGGAACGAGUACUUCUUCGACCGGAACCGGCCCAGCUUCGACGCCAUCUUGUACUACUACCAGUCCGGGGGCCGGUUGAGGAGGCCGGUCAACGUCCCCCUGGACAUGUUCUCGGAGGAGAUCAAGUUCUACGAGCUGGGGGCCGAGGCCAUGGAGAAGUUUCGGGAGGACGAGGGCUUCAUCCGGGAGGAGGAGCGGCCACUGCCGGAGAAGGAGUUCCAGCGCCAGAUCUGGCUCCUGUUCGAACACCCCGAGAGCUCCGGCCCCGCCCGAGGGAUCGCCAUAGUUUCCGUGAUGGUGAUCCUCAUCUCCAUAGUGAUCUUUUGUCUGGAGACUCUGCCCGAGCUGAAGGAGGACCCCAACGACCGGAUACACAUGGUGGGCAACACCACCAUGUACUACAAGGCCAGCGUGCUCACAGACCCCUUUUUCGUGGUGGAGACCCUCUGUAUUAUCUGGUUUUCCUUCGAGCUGAUCGUGCGUUUCUUCGCCUGCCCCAGCAAGGCGGCCUUCUUCAAAAAUAUGAUGAACUCCAUAGACAUCGUGGCCAUCAUCCCCUACUUCAUCACUCUGGGCACGGAGCUGGCCGACGACCAGGAGAGCAAGGAGGGGAAGGCGGGAGGGGGGGAGCAGGCCACCUCUCUGGCCAUUCUCAGGGUGAUCCGCCUGGUGAGGGUUUUCAGGAUCUUUAAGCUUUCCCGACACUCCAAAGGCCUCCAGAUUUUGGGGCAGACUCUGAAAGCUAGCAUGCGCGAGCUGGGGCUGCUCAUCUUCUUCCUCUUCAUCGGCGUGAUCCUCUUCUCCAGCGCCGUGUACUUCGCGGAGGCCGAGGAGAAAGAGUCCUUCUUCACCAGCAUCCCGGACGCCUUCUGGUGGGCGGUGGUUUCCAUGACGACGGUGGGCUACGGGGACAUGUACCCGGUGACCAUCGGGGGGAAGAUCGUGGGCUCUCUGUGCGCCAUCGCGGGGGUUUUGACCAUCGCUCUGCCCGUCCCCGUCAUCGUCUCCAACUUCAACUACUUCUACCACCGGGAGACGGAGGGCGAGGAGCAGUUCCAGUACACGCACGUGUCCUGCGGCCAUCAGCAGCCGGCGCCCGCGUUCGGCCAGUUCCAGGAGAGCCACAGCAGGCCGUCCCUGACCAAGUCCGAGUACCCGGACAGCGAGGACGCCGACUCCAUCAAAUACACCAACUGCAGCCCCCACAAGGCCUACACCGGCAAGCUGAGCGACGUGUGA